AGUCAGUUGAGUUUAUAACUCUCUUGUGUUCAGGUGUCCAUUAACUCUCUGAUGUUACGAAUUUGAUUUUUUGAAAUUGAAAUUUAUGAGAAUUCGUUAAAUUCAAACUAUUCGGAUUUUUACCACCACCACAACCAUCAUAUCCGCUGCAAUCUGAUAUAGGAUUUGAGUUAAUUCAAUAUUUAGAGCCAAACAUAAGAAUUUAAUUAUUGUUUAUUUGUGAAAAGAAUUUGUGACAAUAAAAUUGUACAUUUUUGAUUUUGCUCUUGAUUUACAACGAUUGCUUUAGUGAAGUUGAUUUUUCGAAGGCCAUUCAAUAUAGAUAGCAUUGACUUUAAAGUGGAAAUAAAACAAUUCUCUUAAUUUGAGAUUUGAAUCCAAAAAAAAGAAUUCGCAAAUUGACAAAUAAAAGUGAAAGGAUUUAUCGCGUGAUCAAGUGUUGGACCAAUUCAAAGAACGUGAAGAAGAAAAAAAUCUUUUCGUAAAAAACUCGUUGCUAUCAAAUUAUCAUCAACAUUUCGCCGCCUGAUCGAACAAAGUGUGACAUUUUUUUAUCAUCAAUUAUCACAUAUUUCUGUACUACACUAAAAAAAAUUCAUUAUUUCGUUGGAAUUAAAUUAAAAGUACUUACUUUGAGAAUUCAAUAACUUUGCACGGUUGGAAGUAACGUACGCUAGCAAAACUCUGAUCACCAAGACUUUAAACGAGACACACGGUCAAAAGCGACUACUUUAAAACAGCUGUUAUGCGUGCUUAGGAAAAUAAUUAUUCGUAUAAUCGACCGUUGAGAUCAUUUUUGAUAAUGAGUGAUCAAACCGACCACAGUGCGACUGCUGCAGGAGCGCCGUAUCGACAUGAAAUUACAAUUUCAGUUGGUGGCGAUUCAGAGGAUCAAAUUCACAUAAAAACCCCACCAAGCGUUUCGACACCAACGCCGUCACCACGCUCCAUUCAGUCAACGACCGACGAGAUAUCAAACUCAACCGAUGACGACCAUGCUGUUUUGACGCCAAAGCAAAAAACCAGUCCGAACGGAGUGGAUAAUUUAGCAUUUGAAAAUGAGCACAAAACUAGUCAGCAGCGACCAAUGAGUUCCUUUGGUCAAAAUGAAAAUGGCACAAAGAAAGAGCCAGCCAAUGGUAAAAAUGGUAUAGAUAAACCAUUAGCUGAAGCUGUGAAUUUAGAAUUAGUAAAUCUUAAUAAAACGCCAACAACAAAUGGCCAUCGUGACAACGGUUUUCCACAGAAGAAGAAGGACACAACACAAGUUGAAAUGGGAAAUUCAUACAAUGAAUAUUUUGUGCCUGUGAACGAGCACAAGAAAUAUAUGAGAGAGCGUGGUUUACGUGGCGUAGAUCAUUUUGGACAUUCUUUGAAUGAACCAGUUGAAGGCAUUGUUGAUUACAGUAGUUGGCGAAAAAUCGCGAGAGGUGAAAAAUUGUAUGUAACUAAAGAUAAGCGUCUCAAAACAAAUUGGCGCAAGCGGCUACUGUGGGUAAUAGGCUUGGCACUAUGUGCAGCUGUUUUAAUCGUCGCAAUUUUAUUAGCAACUGGAACAAUAGGCAGUGAACCAGAACCAAUUGAAUCGAGACAGUUCAGCAGUAAAGAUAAAUUGGCGACCGCUGGAAUAUUUGGUGGCGGUACCAAGGGAAAACAAAAUGAGACAUAUCCGUCAACGCCGCAACCUCCUGGAUCAACAGUUCCUUCACAUCCACCAACCACUGAUGAAAAUAUGAUAUACGUGCCGAAUUCUAUCAACGGAAAACUUAAAAUCGAAAACAACGAAUUUUUGGAAGAAUACAAAGAUCAUAGCAGUCCAAUUUACCAGACGAUUAAACGAGAACUGGAAAGUGAAUUGAUGGAAUCGUUGAAAGAAUACAUUGGUGUCCAUGUCAAAGUUCUUAACUUGACACCUGGUUCGAUCGUAGUCGACUAUCGUGUUACAUGGGACGAAGAUGAUGAUUUAUCAGAUACCAUUUUGAUGGAUAGUCUUUCGAACUAUUUGAAAAAGAAUCAAGGCUAUCUUUAUAGCUAUUUCGUUCCAACCGAAACACUUUCGUACACAAAAGUUAUCGAUUCAUGUGCUAUGCAAACAAAUGAAAUGAAAUGUGAAAAUGGUUGUGAAUUUGACCACACAGCAGCCGAUUUCAUCUGCAGCAAAUUAGAAUCGGAAGGUAAUGCUGAACCGGAACCCAAAUCAGAGCCUGAACCAAAUCCUGAAAGUGAACCGCCUACACCAGAAUCCGAACCACCUACACCAGAGAAAGAGCCAAGCGCUGAGGUUGAACCUGAGCCAACCACCGCUGAACCGUCUGCCAAACAAGUUGAUGUUGAAGCUUCUUCAGAACCUAGUGUCGAACCAAAACCGGAAGGCGAGCCAAGUGCAGAGGUUGAACCUGAGCCAGCUACCGCUGAGCCAUCCGCCAAGCAAGUCGAUAGUAAAUCAGAAGAUAUUGAACAUGUGACAUCUGAACCAAUUUCGAAGGUAGAACCAAGCCCUGAAGGGGAACCAAGCGCGGAGGUUGAGCCCGAAGCUGCUACAGCGGAACCAUCUGCAAAACAGGUUGACGUUGAGGCCACAUCGGAGCCAAUUUCAAAAGAACCAAAAGCAGAGGUUGAGCCAGAGCCUGUCUCAGCAGAACCGCGUGCAAAGGAAACCAAUAUUGAAAGUGAAUUAGAAGAUAUCGAAGAGGUGACAGCAGCUGAACCCAUUUCAAAAGUCGAACCUGAGCCGGAAGUCAAUGCCGAGGACUCAACAGCCGAGCCAGCUCGACCAGAAGUCGAGAAGAAAAAUAACAAAAAUGGAAAAGAAUUGAGCUACGAAGAUGAACUUUCAUUGGAAGAAAAAAAUGACAGUUUCGACUCAAAAGAAGCCUCAAUUGAACACAAACAUGAACAUUCGGUUGAGACUACCAAAGACAAUGAAAAAAUUGACUCAACGACUCGAAAACAAAAAUACACCUAUGACUUUGAGCCUCAAGGAUAUUCCGACGAUAAGGACGAAAAAGUAGAAACAUCAUCCGAGCGACAUGAGCACGCAAUAAUUUUACCAAAUGAAUCUGCUGUGGAAGGAUCAACAUUAAGAUCAUCAGCUCCAGUCACAGAAGACUUAAGUGAUGACACGCCAUUGCCAACUGAAAACUAUUUCAAAUCAAUUUUAAAAGUCGCCGAAGAACGAACAGAAGUCAAUGUCAUGGAUGGAACCGUAACACCAUCAAGCAUCAAUCUAACAUCUUCAACAAUUUAUUCGACAACGGCUCCAAUUAAAUUGGAAUACGAAGAAAGCUCACGACCAACUGCACGUCUUGUUCCACAUUCAACCAGCGAAAAUCCCACGUACUCAGUUACCGAAAAUAUUUUAGAACAAUCACCAUUUUUGCCAGAACAUGAGAAUGUCGAUUCCGUAUUGAAUAAUUUGCAUACAUCACACGAUGAUAAUGAUGAGAUAAAGAACUUGGAUACUGAAGAUGAUACAUCAUCAUCGGAAAAUGAGAAUGCCAAUUUUAUAUCUGGUCCCGAAAUCAUUUCGCAGAAAAAAUACAAAGUUGGACAAACAUCAUAUGUUCCACAAAAUGCCACUACCAUUUUGAAAGAAGUAGAAACGAGCGAAGAAAAAACCGAAAUCCCAUCAGAUAGUACAGAGAUUUACAAUUUGCAAGAAUCACGUACACAUAAUCAUGAAAAAAUACAUGCCACAGAAGUCGUCGAAAAUCAAUCGGAUGAAACAAUGGAAUUUAGCCACAACACUGAAGGCGGCGCAGUACCAACAACAAUCAUUCCAGUUUCAAAGAUUGAUAGCACCGAAGUUGAAGAAAUUACCUUAUCGGAUUUGAUGUCGAUGAUGUCCUCGUCAUCGCUUCUACCUAUUUCAGGCAGUACCCUGGAAGAGAGCACAGAACACUUAGAAGAGACCACCGUUCAAGAAAAAGAUGCCAACAAGGAUAUCGAAGCCAUUCCAAGCUCGGAACCAUCCAGCACCGAACAAUUGGAAAAACUCGUGUCGUCAACAAACGAAAGAAUUGAAACACCCAGCGAAGAAAUAAGUCCAUCGGCAGAGCCAACCGUACCACAUAUUGAUGAAGUGGAAACAACCGUUUUACCGUUGGAAAUUUCAAGCGUAAAAGUUGAUUCAACGGCAAUUUCAGUUGAACAAACGGUAACGGCCGUUGUUGGAAGUAAUAACACGGAAGCCAAAGUCGAAAAAGCAUCAUCCCUUAGCGAAUUAGAUAAUGUGAGUUCAACUGCUGAACCAAUGUUGGCAUCAAACGAUUCGGUAAAAGAAAAUAGUACAGCUGCUUUGUCAAAUUCAAAAUCUGAAACAAAUGAAAGCGACGACUUGGUUAAAAGUGAAAUUUCAACAACAACAAAAAGUGAAAAAACCGAAGUAAAAUCAACGGAAAACAGUACAUUGGCAUCCACUGAACCAUCCGCCGAGCCAUCAGCUGAACCAUCAGCCGAACCAUCAGCUGAACCAUCAGCCGAGCCAUCAGCCGAACCAUCAUCAACUGAAUCAAAACCACAAACAAAACUUAGCGAUGAUGAAUUAAAAGUGAUUCCAUUACAAGCUACGAAAAAACCGGACGAAGAAAAACCAACGAGUGAAAGUGAAACAAAGAAAACCACAGAAGAAGAAAAAGAAGAAGAGGAAACCACCGAAACAACUACCGGUCAUUUUUUAUCCAAAGCGACGUUUCAACUGAAUAAGACAGUUGAAACGUCGUUAAACUCAUCGGACAUUGGCAAUGACACAACGAGCACUGAAAAGGAUAAUGAACAAACACCAAUUUCAAAUGUAAAUAGUAUGAACGAGAGUUCUGUAGUAUCAGAACCCACUUUUGCUUAUUCACGUUGUACGGCGGGACAAUUUGAAUGUUUGAACGGCACAUCGAUCAUUGAUAGUGACAUACCUUGUAUUAGUUUGAGCCAACGAUGCGAUUCAUUUUCUGACUGUAGCGACAAAUCAGAUGAGAUUGGCUGUGAAAUGCUCGGCUGUCCUGGCCAUUUUCAAUGCAACGACGGCUCAUGUUUGGCACGAUCAUUGGUUUGCGAUAGAAUAAAACACUGCAGUGACGGAAGCGACGAAUUGGAAACAUUGUGCAAUGAUUGGAAAUGUAAAUUUGAUGAAAUGGCAUGCAGUGAAAAUGGUCCCUGUUUGCCGGCUAUAUUACAAUGCGAUGGUGUUUCGCACUGUAGCAAUCAAGCUGAUGAGACUAACUGUCCCGAUGUUUGUAAGAAUAACGAAUUCUAUUGUUCAUGGCAACGUAAAUGCAUCCCAGAAACUUUCGUUUGUGAUGGGAAAAUAGAUUGUUUCGGUGGUGAAGAUGAGCGUCUAUGCGACUGUCCCGAAGAUCAUUUCAAAUGUAAUACAGGUCGAUGUGUUCCAAAUCACUAUCGAUGCGAUGGGCGGCCCCAGUGUGCUGAUUUGUCUGACGACUGGGACUGCUUUAAUGUAACAACUGUUCACACUACUGGUAACAAAACCACAUCAUCUUCCAUGGAUGACAUCGAUACACCAAUAACACAAACAAAUUCCAAUGCAUUGCAAAUUAAAAAGCCAGAUGGAAAAUUCGCUUUUGUUUGUUAUGAAAAUUGGAAUCUCAUUCACGCUGAUUUAAUUUGUAAAAACUUUGGCUACGCUCGCUCCAUGGAUUAUUCGUCAAUUGAAAUCGAUUCGGCCAACGCUUCGUUCCUUAAGCUAAGCGAUGACUUCCAACAGGGUGAUUCUAUGCUUUCGAGUAUGAAUGAAACCGAUUCAUGUGAAGACAAUGAAAUUGUCACAUUGGAGUGUGAAACAUACACUUGUGGCAAUAAUAUAACUCGAGAUAAGGAAGCUGCUAAUAAAAAUCAAAGUUGGCCAUCACUUGCAGUGGCAGUCAAUGAAAUUUCAAGUGUUCAAUGCACAGCAACAAUUGUAAGUCCACGUUGGGCUUUGGCCAGUUACUCGUGCAUCUUGGGCAAAUUCGAGUUGAGUAGCGAAGUUGAAAAAACAUUAAUAUGGUAUCUUCAAGUAAAUGGAUCCAAUAAUGAUGCCGCCGAACUUCAACAAGUUAAUGUCAUGCGCAUUUUCAAAUAUCCACAGGUCAGUUUUUUUUUGGAGAAAUAUUGUCUGAAAACAGCAGACAAUAUAUUGGGCUGA